AGCGCCGCGUGAAGCUGCGAUAGUUUCUGGAAAAGCCGUAGAAAUUUAUUGAGAUUAAAAUUCCUUAGCUAGUUCUGGUGACCUCUUCUUCACUGGGGGACUUUGAACUACCGGGAACUAACUGUAGGGAACUAAAACAAUACUUGUUUCCAAGAUACCUGGAAAAGGAGUGAGAUCCCCGAAAAGUGUUUUUCUGAGAAAAAGACCUAAACUCCGAUACUAAUGGAUGCUGCAGAAUUCCGCAAGAGAGGGAAGGAGAUGGUGGACUAUGUGGCAGAUUACCUGGAGAAGAUAGAGAAACGGCAGGUAUUCCCAGAUGUGGAACCAGGAUACCUACGGCCCCUCAUUGCAGACUGUGCACCCCAGGAUCCUGAGAGCUUUGAGGAUGUCUUUAAAGACAUUGAGAAGAUCAUUAUGCCAGGGGUGACUCACUGGCACAGUCCGUACUUUUUUGCCUACUUCCCUUCAGCCUCUUCCUUCCCAGCUCUACUUGCAGAUAUGCUGUGUGGUGGAAUAGGAUGUGUGGGCUUCUCUUGGGCUGCAAGUCCAGCUUGCACAGAACUGGAGACUGUCAUGCUGGAUUGGCUAGGAAAGAUGGUUAAUCUGCCUGAGGAAUUUUUAGCUGGGAAGGAUGGCCAAGGUGGAGGAGUCAUCCAGGGAAGUGCAAGCGAGGCCACCCUGAUUGCACUGCUUGCUGCAAGGACAAAGAUUAUCAGACAGGUGCAGUCAGAGAAGCCCGAGCUAACAGAAACAGAGAUCAUGGGCAGGCUGGUGGCUUAUGCUUCUGAUCUGGCUCAUUCAUCUGUGGAAAGGGCUGCACUAAUUGGUGCUGUGAAGAUUAAAAAUGUUCCUUCAGAUGACACAUUUAGUGUUUGUGGUUCAGCCCUGAAGAAAAUUCUGGAUGAAGACAAAGCUGCUGGUCUUAUACCUUUCUUUUUUUGUGCAACCCUUGGAACCACCCCUUGCUGCUCCUUUGACAAACUGUUAGAACUGGGUCCUAUUUGUAAUAAGGAAAAUAUCUGGAUGCAUAUUGAUGCAGCCUAUGCGGGAAGUGCUUUCAUCUGCCCUGAAUUCAGGCAUCUUUUAAAUGGAGUGGAGUUUGCAGAUUCAUUUAACUUUAAUCCUCACAAAUGGCUCCUAGUGAAUUUUGACUGCUCUGCAAUGUGGGUGAAAAAAAGAUCAGAUUUAAUAGGUGCCUUUAAAUUAGAACCUCUUUACCUGCAGCAUCACCAUCAGGAGUCUGGUCUUGUAACAGAUUAUCGGCACUGGCAAAUCCCCCUGGGCAGGAGGUUCCGCUCCCUGAAGCUCUGGUUCGUGCUGAGGAUGUACGGGGUCAAGGGGCUGCAGGAGCACAUCCGCAAGCACAUUAGACUGUCGCAUCAAUUUGAACACUUGGUCCUUCAGGAUGAAAGGUUUGAGAUCUGUGCUGAGGUUGUUUUGGGACUGGUCUGCUUCCGGCUGAAGGGCUCAAAUGAACUAAAUGAGGCACUUCUAAAAAGCAUAAAUGAUGCCAAGAAGAUCCAUCUGGUCCCAUGCCACCUGCGAGAGAAGUUUGUGCUACGUUUUGCUGUUUGUUCCCGCACAGUGGAAUCCACCCACAUCAAGUUUGCCUGGCAGCACAUCUCACAGCUGGCAACUGAUCUUCUGAAAACAUGGGAGCAAAACCACCACCAGCAGUAACAGCAGUGAAGUAUAAGUGGAGAUGAGGUAAUUAACUGGCUUGCUCUAUGUUGCCAAGUUUUAUUUUAGGUGCAGGUGGGAAAGUCAAACUAUGAAGGAAAAAAGUACAAAACCUGUUGUUAUAUAGCCCAGCUGCAGUAGCAAAAUCCUUACCAGCAAGUUGAGUUGUAAUCAUAGCCAUUCUUUCUCUGUACUGUGGUUUCAUCUUGCCUGUUUCCAGGAUGCACAUAGCCAAGGAGAAUUGAGCUGCAAUUCCUUACUACUCUGUAGUCCAAGAGCAUUUGUUCAACCAGGCAAUGGAAAUGGAAGGGUUACUGUUCCCUCCAUUGUCCCCAUUCACCUCUAGCACACCAACCCUUUCUUCACAGAUGAAACUAAGAGGUCUUAUAACCAAUUAAUUUAACAUUACUAUGACUGCAGGAAGAACCCAAGCUGGGGGAGUUUAGUUCAAGUUCUAAAUAUGCUAGUAUCUGAAUAGGUAUGCACAAAUGUUGCCAGGAUUUGGGGCACUAUCGUGUCAUGAUACACUUGCUGCAGAAAUUUUGUAAAUGAACAAAGGACAACGGACCUUCAAGACUUCCUUCCCUGCAUAUCCAGACUUAGGAGAAUGAGCACUAUUUACUAAUCAUCCUUCUGACAGGUUCUCUCCUUUCCCCUAAAUGGCUUGCUUUUAAAACAGCAAUUUUGUCAAAUUCCAGCAAAUAGGUUAUACUGGCUAUUGGUUUCCAGAUUGAUCAUUCAUAAUCCCUGAAAAGUUCCUCCUAAAGAGUUUUGUCAAAAGCUAUGUGCUACCUGGUAUUCUGUAUUUUUAAUCAAGUUAUUAUCAGCAGUGAUUACUUGAAAAUAGUCUGUAAGAUAUGUUCUGUGAAACUGAGUUGUGAUUUACUUUUAUGGCUACCAUUUUGAUUACUUCAUGGUGUAAUAAAUCUUUGACAAAAUGUGCUAAGAAAUGUGACAUCAAAAAUAUCACUCUUAGUUUCCCAUAUUAGCUAGCAAACAAGUAAGCAAGUGACAGUAAAAAGAGGAAGUAAGAGAACAAACCCCCCAAAUCAGCUGUGGUGUCCCCAUCAGUGGUCUUCUUUCAUUAACAGUGAUGAAUGGAAAAUGAAAAUACUGGAAAACCUCUGAGAAAGUCAAAUAAUAUAUAUUUGACACAAACCAUUGAUACAUCAUCCUGUCAAAGGCAGGCACAGUAAAGAGCUAAAAUGAAAGUUAGAAGUGAAAGUCAGAACAAUAUCAAGUCACAAAGUACUUUUGCCAUUUUAAAAACAUAAAUUUCUGACAGUUAUUUCUGUGUAAAUAAGAACAAUAUAAGUAGCUGCUCCAAGAAAAAAAAUAUGUAGGAUUGAUUUCUACAUUUGCAUUUCAAUCUUCCUUUAAUGCUCGUAUUAACUUCUACAGCCUCUAGAGCAAUGUGCACAACUAUUCAGCUUUCCUCCUCCAUCCCUUUCAAGUGUACUUCCUGCAGUUGGGAAGUUGCAAGUAGACCAGUGAAAAUGGAUCAGGACAGUUAAUUUGUCACAUGGUCUGCUCCUAUCUCUGUCUUUCCUAAUCUCUCACUUCUGGGGUGCAAUCUGGGAAGGACUGUUAUUUCCAUAAGGAACUGAUUUCCCAGGUAACAGAUGAAGAAAGGGAUAACCAAUGAAUUUGGUAAAACCCAGUAAUACUUGAGGAGGUGACUGACACAAGACACUACUGUCAGCUACCGUGUCAGAAAUUUUGAUAGCAUCAUUCUCUUCAGAACCAAUAUGAAAUUUAGCUUUUCUGUGGCAGCACAAUGCACUAGAUUGAUAGACUGAAGAGAGUGGAAAAUGCUGGCACUUGUUCCCUUUCUCUGCUACUAUUUUUUUUUUUAAACAACAGUUAUUCGGAUCUCAUGACCUGGAAAACAAUGUUCAUCCCUAACACAUAUCUUCCACACUGAUACAAUUUUAUAACUUUUACAUUAUGAAAACUCUAGAAUCUUGGAGCCAAAGAAUAACAUGUUCUCUGUGAGACAGGCCAGUAUUUUGUAUGUGAAAUAUAACCAGGACUGUUCAGGAAAAAAAAGAAAAGAGAGAUCAGAUUUGGAUCAAAGCUAUCACAGAGUAAAUCCAGGAUAAUUCCACUGAAAUGAAAUGGAGUUGCUCUGGGCUUAGGUGACUAUAAUUGGAAUUAAAAAUCUGACUAAUAAGUAUUGGAAAAGAAAGGCAUAAGGUAAGGCACCCCUAAACUGAACAUAAGAAGAUUCUGCUGGAAAUCUGCUCCAUGGAAACCAGAGCAGAGAUGAAUGAUGCCUGUGUGAGCCUCAAACUGCUGUAAAACUGGGAUGCAGGCAGGAUGCACACCCAAACCUAGGAGAGAUGAAAUGUCCCCAACAGCCCAGAAUUAGACAUAGAUCCCUUUAGACAUUUGUGGGAAAAUACUGCCAAAACUGACAUUCAAUUAAGCAUUUUUCAGUAUCUGGAUAUCAGUUUUAGAAGUGACUGUUUUCCAGAUACAGAAACUCCUUUUGGCAAAGAAUUUAAGAUAAAGACUAAUUUAAAAUAUAGAUGGAGUAAAAGUUAAUUCUUGAGGCUUUUUUAAAGAAGUGACAUUUGUAAAUUUGUCUAAUAAACAGCAGUGAUGAGACCCAUGGAAUUACAUUGCCCCCUGGCUAGCCCAGUACCAAAACCUGAAGUUUAUGGUUCUGGUUUUUCUGAAAUUCUAGAAUGAUGCAAAUAUGUAACCAGUGAAGGCCUUCAUAGUAUUCAGUCUCUCAUAUCUUCUUUUCUCCAUGUGAUAAUUCCUUCUUAGACUAUUAACAUUAGGUCAUCUGAAAAGGAAACAUGGGCUGUGUAAUAAACUCAAGAAGAAGCAUUGAAAGGAUCAUUUUAAAAAAAGCACAUAACUGCUGUUUCUGUUCUGUAGCUUUGCAACCUAUCUGUAAGUGAAAAACACUGUAUUUAUGAAUAAUUAAUGCUAACCUGGAUUAAUUGUGCCUUGUGUGCAAAAGCUAAUAUAGCCUGUGCUGAUGAAUACUGUUUGAUAUUAAAAAUAAUUACAGAAUCCCAGAACUGUACUUUAGUAGAAUAUCCACAUCUCAAGGAAGACUGCGGCUAUUAAAGAAGGAGGGAAAAACCUGACUUUUACUUUCAGGAACCUCAAUUUAUUUUUUUUUAAACUAGCAGAGUACAGUACUUACAUUCUUAAUGACAGAUUAUAUUUUAUUACUGAUGGUGAAAUAAUGAAAAUGUAUGUAUUUAUGAAAACAUUGGUAAUAUAUAAUACUCUGAACUGCAUUAUAAUUAUUAGAUUUUUAAUUUUUUCUUGCAUUUACAUACAAGAUUCUGCUCAUGGCUGUUUUGUUGCUGUUGAAGCACUACUCAACACCUAAUGUGAUGAGUAGUAAUCACACUGAAGUGGCCUUACAACAGCAGUCUAGACCUUGAGAUAUAUAAACUUGAAUUGCUCAAAGACAGAAGCAAACGAGAAAUAAAACUGAGGAUCCUGAAGACCAGGGGGGUUGGUGAGGGCAGGUUAAAUAACCAUCAAUGGAUAAUACCUGUAUAGCAUAUGUAGAUUUUGUAUGUUCUAAGUGGAAAAAUAAUCAGAAGUCCAGUGCUCUAAUUAUGAUUUGUGAGCUGUUGACUCUUUAAAAUCUGUACCCAAAACCUCCUGAACACACAUAUGGGUUUUAACUGUCAAUAAAAAUAAACCAAAACAAAACUACA